AAAGCAGCCACCAAUCCUCGCACGCAAUAAAAUGCGCUGUCGACGGGCAGCGGCAGCAGCGACAGCAGAAGCAGCAAGAGGAGCAGAAGGAGCAGGAGGAGCAGGAGGAGGGGCAGUAACAACACCUACAGCAAGAGCAACAGCAACAGCAAGAGCCACAACAACAGCAACAGCUAGAGGAAAGGCUAAAGGAAAAGUUGCUGCCAGGAGUGGAGGCAUCGGAUUUGGAGUCAAGGGAACUGCUGGCAGUAUACUGCUGGCAUUUCUGGCAGCUGUCAGCUUUCGUGGCAUGCCACACAGCCCCCUGUCGGCAAGUGCAGCAUUUGUUGGAGACAACUCGACGCUAAUUUCAGUAACGAAUAGAGUAACUGCCACUUCCCCACCCCCAAUGACCACAAUGGCAGAUGGAAUUCAGAGCAAUCAAGUGACCAUUGAGCAGAGCACAACGGAAGAGCAAACUGCGGAUAUAUGGAGCGAGAGACCCGAUACAGCGACAUUGACAAAGGGAUUCUCGAUACCCACGUAUUUGCCACCUUUUCCGGACUUUAUUCCUGCUGAUUUGCCACAGACGAUGCCGACAACAAUGCCGCACACGAGAGUCCCCACGGGCAAUGACAACGAUCCGGACUCCAUGCAGUCGUCUCCUAAUAAGCAACAACCGCAACAAUUUCAACAGCCCCAACCUCGUCUUCAUGCCUACGACAGUGAAAAGAAGGCACAGGAAUUACGACGCGAGAAGCAAUUGGCACAUGAAAGGCAACAGAUGCCCCGUCGCCAGCUCAGUCUCCCCUCCCGAAAUGUAACAGUACAGGCGGGACAACAUGCCUAUCUGCCAUGCCAGCUCCACCAGCACUCGAGUAAACCGCUCUCCUGGGUUCGGUUGCGGGAUGAACAUAUCAUAGCCGUGGAUCACACAACCUUCAUCAAUGAUGCACGUUUUGCAGCACUGCUCCAGUCAUCGCCAAAUGCCACAAGCUCCCUAUUGGACAGCGCAAAUGGCAGCAGCCUCAGCUGGACUCUGUUAAUCAAGUACGUCCAGCUGCAGGAUAAUGGCUGGUAUGAAUGCCAGCUGGCCACAGAGCCCAAAAUGAGCGCCAAAGUGCAGCUGCUUGUGAUAACACCAAAAACGGAACUAAUUGGAGAUAAGCAGCGCUUUGUCAAAGCUGGCAGCCGAGUGGAAUUGCAUUGCAUCGUGCGUGGCACAUUGGAGGCACCUAAAUAUAUAGUCUGGUAUCGGGGAGAUCAACAGGUGCUAGCGGAAAAUGAAGCCACUGGCAUUGACAAUGGCUGGUACACUCAAAUUGAUCGCAAUAUAUUCGGUAGCACGGAACAUAAUCGGAAUACGAUUGGCAGCCUGGUCAUUCCUGUAGUGCAAAAGACCCACUCGGGAAACUAUACUUGCGAACCGGAAAAUAGUCAAGCGGUUUCCAUACAAUUACAUGUACUGAGUGGCGACUAUUCUGCCUCGGCUAUUAAGUCCACGGCAGUCGGCUUAAAUAGACAUGGCCAUGGCUAUAACAGUCUGCAUCAAUGGUUAAUCUUUCUGCUCGUGGCCCUCAACAAGACAUGAACUGUUCUGGCUUGCUGAACUGUGGCAUUAUCUAUUUAAGACAUCGUAUUCGAUAAAUUUAUAGGUAAUUCACACGCAUUCUAAAAGUAUGAUAAUUGCCAACAAUUUUGUGAAACAACUUUUCCACAUCAUUUUAGCACAGAAUUUUAUACCAUCUCUAGAUAUAAUAUCAUCUAUUUUGUUCUAGCUUAUAAAACUAGAGAUUGCUAAGCAUUUUUAACUUUAAGCAUUCAAUUGUGUUAGACACUAAGAUAAUUGCGUAAAUAAAGCCAAAGGCAUAAUAAGU